AUGAUGGGAAGGGCAGUUAAAGAAAUUAUCGGUCAGAAGAUGCUGACUCAAGGCGAGCAGAGCCUGGACCUACUACAAGGUCUUCUCGUCUAUUUGGCGUGGUAUCAUAUAAAUCUUCAUCUCGGCACACAACUCAACAACCUUGUUCACUUGAUCAUGGCACUGAUGUUCGACCUCGGCCUACACAAACACUAUACUCCUCGAAAAUAUGCAAAACCUCAGAGGGAAUAUUUCCUCCCGGACCGACAGGAGGGUUCGACGCGAACGUUGGAAGAGCGAAGAACAUAUCUCGGCUGUUUCUACCUAACUUCGGUUGUAAUGAUGACAGCCCGAGAUUUCGAACCCAUCCGAUACACCAAGUACACUGAUGAGUGCUGUUCAAUGAUCUCCGAAGCAGUCGAGUACCCAACCGACAUUUAUCUUUUCCAACUAACCAAGCUGAACUACCUUGGUGACAAAAUCAGCCGUACAAUUAUUCAAAGAGAAUGGGAUCCAUCUUCGGGCAUAUCCGCGCCCAUAGGAGCCUAUGUAAAAUCGCUCGAGGCCGAAUUGCGCAAUUUCAAAGCGUCAAUGUCUCUUGAUAUCCCUGAAAGUGUGACUCUUCUCUUGCACUACUACGCAGUCGAGGUAUUCUUGUACGAGAUCGCUUUGGAUGACAAUAUUCCGGCGUCGAGAUACGGGUCUUUCUCCAUAACGCGCCUUGACAUGCUGUUUGCCUGUCUCACUUCUGCGAAACACUUCUUCGAAAUAUUCCACUCUUUGCCUGCUCCAAUACAUUUUGACAUACCGUACUCUACAUUUACCAUCGUCGGCCAUCUCUAUGUCGUCCUGUCGAAGCUUUCUCUCUGCCUCCAUGAUGGCUGGGACCAGAACUACGUCGGGACAUAUUUGAGCUUCAGUGACGUUCUAGACCACUUGUCGAAGACGGUGGAAGAAGCUAGAGAGCUCGUUCUGCGAGAUAAUCAAGAGGCUGACUCCACACCUUCAAACACCUUGCCACGCAGUGUUCCAUUGGUCUGGAUGACGGUGACCGCGAAAAUACAAGACCUUAAGGCCGUGCAUGAAGCAAGGAAAGCAGAGCAAACCCGGAGGUUUCAACCAGAGAACCCGACUUCUGACCUCGGAGUCGAACUUCCUGGACUUCCAAACGAAUGUGCAAUGCCAGAUACGCUCAGUUUUUUUGAGUUCCUCGACGAGCCUAUAUGGCAGAACUGGGCAUGA